AUGGCCAAAGACCGGCUGAAUAGUCCCUUGGAGCUGCCCAUUAAGCAUAAGUAUCUACAGAGCCUACGUUACUUUCUUAAUGUCCUAAUUAAAAAUUUAAGGUGUAAGGAGGGUGCCUGCAGAAGCGGGGCUGGCACAAACGCAGCCCGCUCUCGGCCGUCAGGACCUCCUCAUGGGGGGCAGCCGGGGAGGACGCCCGCCCCUGGCUGCGCAGUCCUACCCUCCGUAAAAUCUUCAUCUUGUACUUCUACAGUAUCCCAGAGAGAAACCCAGAUGCAACAAUUGGAUAGAAGCUUGAGUGGGAACAGGUACGGAGAGCCAAAGUUACGAAAAACCCAAGGAGGGAAGCAAGAGAAAAAAGUUAUCCACCCUUACAGCAGAAAAGCCGCGCAGCUUGCAAGGGAAGCACACAAACAGGAAAAGAAAGAAAAGUUGAAGACUGACAAAGCUUUGCGUUUGAGUAUCAUUGGAGAAAAAUUGCAAUGGUUUCAAAGUCACCUUGACCCCAAUAAAAUUGAGUACACGAAGAAGGAAGCUGGUGAACUAAUUGAAAAUUAUAUGUGUCGAUUUAAUGCUGAAUUGGAGCAGAUUGAAUUACAAAACAGUAUUAAAGGUAGACAAGGAAGACAGCAUGGUUCACGGGAGACUGUCAUCAAGCAGACCAUAGAACGUGAAAGACAACUCUAUGAAGGCUAUGGAAUAGAAAUCCCAGACAUUAUGAACAGAAAGCAUCUUAAAUUUUUCAGAGAAUGGGAUGGUGAUCUGAGGAAACUGCCAAACAUCAAAAUGAAAAAGCUCUCAGCUAGGGAUGCUGCUGGCAGUCACCCUGAGGUGGCAGAUACGGAAGCUGAAGAAGAAUUGAAUAAAGCAGAAGAGGUGGCCUAAUGAGCACCAGCUGAUUCAAGAGCUGGAACAGCUGAAGGGAAUUGUAAGAAACCUGUUUUAAUUAUCACUGGAAACAAGAAUAAAUUCUAACUAUAUUUGCAAAGGCUUUGCUAGUUGCAUUUUUUAUAAGCUCACUGUGUACCUAUAGUAAAGAGUAAACAGUAUAUUAUUGGGUAAAGCUGUAUGCUGUUGGAUAAAAAAUUUUGAAUAUAAAUAAAUAGUUAAAAUCUUA